CUUUCUUUCUCUGUGAACAGGGUGUCCUGUUCCUAGACCUGAGCUGAUCUACCAGCUGGAGCACGGGCAGGAGCUGUGGAUGCUGAAGGGACACCUGUCUCAGAGCGCCUAUGCAGAUGACAAGGGAAAACCCACGACUACAGAACUUUCCAGUUGUGCACCAGCCCUGUCUGGGGGGGCCUUGUUCCAGGAGCUAAGACAGGGAGACCCAGGGAACUUCCAGCUGGGCCAAACCAAGGAUCAGAGUGGGUCAUCAGAAAUGCAGGAAGGACACUUGAGACUGGGCUUAGAACCCAGGAGAGAGAAGCUCCCUGAGAAAACAAGCCCUGAGCUUGGUGGUUUAGGAGCAGCUGAUGGCGUGUGUUCACAGACGGCACAGGAGCUGACCCAUCCAGGAGGUGCUGUCCAUGACCAUGACUCGUGUGGAUCAGGUAAAGAUCCCGUGAUUCAGGAAGAGGAAAAUACCUUUAAGUGCAAUGAAUGUGGGAAAACUUUUAAUAAAAAGCACCUUCUUGCUGGACAUGAGAAGAUUCACUCUGGAGUGAAACCCUAUGAAUGCACCGAGUGUGGGAAAACAUUUAUUAAGAGCACACACCUCCUCCAGCACCACAUGAUCCACACGGGGGAGCGGCCCUACGAGUGCAUGGAGUGCGGGAAGGCCUUCAACCGCAAGUCCUACCUUACCCAGCACCAGCGGAUCCACAGUGGAGAGAAGCCUUAUAAGUGCAACGAAUGUGGGAAGGCCUUCACCCACCGCUCCAAUUUCGUCUUGCAUAAGAGGAGACACACUGGCGAGAAAACCUUUGUGUGCAAAGAAUGUGGGCAAGUCUUUCGACAUAGGCCGGGAUUCCUUCGACAUCACAUCAUCCACAGUGGCGAGAAUCCCUACGAAUGCUUCGAGUGUGGCAAGGUCUUCAAACACAAGUCCUACCUCGUGUGGCACCAGCAGACUCACACUGGGGAGAAGCCCUAUGAGUGCAGUGAGUGUGGGAAAGCCUUCUGUGAGAGUGCGGCCCUCAUUCACCACUACGUCAUCCACACUGGGGAGAAGCCUUUUGAGUGCCUGGAGUGCGGGAAGGCCUUCAACCACAGGUCGUACCUCAAGAGGCACCAGAGGAUCCACACUGGGGAGAAGCCGUUCGUGUGCACUGAGUGUGGAAGGGCCUUCACCCACUGCUCUACUUUCAUCUUGCACAAAAGGGCCCACACCGGAGAAAAACCCUUUGAGUGCAAAGAAUGUGGGAAAGCCUUUAGCACUAGGAAAGACCUCAUUCGACACUUCAGCAUCCACACUGGGGAGAAGCCCUUCGAGUGCUCAGAGUGUGGGAAGGCCUUCAACCGCCGGUCAGGGCUCACGAGGCACCAGCGGAUUCACAGCGGGGAGAAGCCUUAUGAAUGCAUGGAGUGUGGGAAAUCCUUCUGCUGGAGCACCAACCUCAUCCGACACGCCAUCAUCCACACCGGAGAGAAGCCCUAUAAGUGCAGUGAGUGUGGAAAAGCCUUCAGUCGCAGCUCGUCCCUCACUCAGCAUCAGAGGAUUCAUACUGGGAGAAACCCUGUCCGUGUAACCGAAGUGGGAAGACCCUUCACAAGCGGGCAGUCCUCAGUCACCCUCCGAGAACUCCUUUUGGGGAAAGACUUCUUGAAUGUAACCACUGAGGAAAACCUUUUGCCAGAUGAAACAUCUACCGCGGCAUUAGAUCUGACCUACCAGAGAGAAACCCGCCAAGUAUCUUCGCUGUGCCGGUCCAAGACCGUCGGUAGUCCGGUAGAGACACAUUUUAGAGAUUGACUGAGCCCAGAGCCUUAUUCUGCGUCUGAGAAUUCAUCCGUGAGGGAGAGAGCAGGGUUUCUUGUGCACGAGGUAAAACCCUCAGCUGCAUGUUUCUCCUUCGCUUCACUGCAGUGUUAUCUCAGGAGUUUUUAUAAAAAGAAGGUGGAGAUGUAGAGGAGUGAAUGAAACGAAAAACUUUGGGGACUUCUCUGCCCAGCUUACAGCACUUUGUCAUGGAUUCACAUGUUUACGUGGGGCCAGGGCAGCAUUGUAGAUGCAGUGGGCCCUGCCCCCGUGCGCGUCACGUACACGUUCAUCGCUGCCCAGUGUCGGCAGGGUUAGCCCAUUAAAGACAAGCAGUAAAGUGAUAAAUGCACAUGUGAGAACACAUUUUAUUCCACCAUUUAAGACUCUCAAGCUUACAUUUUUAGAAAACUGUUCUUUAUUCGGUUUUAAACACCAAACAGACUUUUUUCAGACUUGUUCUUGGUCCAUCUGUUUACUUAAUUUCUAUAGCAGUGUGGUAAUCCUCAGAAUCGGGUAACGUGAUUCCGCUCUCUUUAUCCUUUUUUAAAUUGAUUUAGCUUUCCUAAUUCCUUUGACUUUUCAUAUAAAUCUUAGGAUACCAAAAAAUCUUACUUGGAUUUCUACAGGAAUUGGUUGAAAUCUGUAGCUCUGUUUAUUGAAAAUCAGCAUCAUGAACACCGUACAUGGUAUGACAUUUCAGUUGUUGAAGUCAUUCUUGGUAUUUCACUACUGUUUUAUAGUUUUUCACCAUACAGGUUCUGUACAUUUUUGUUGAGAAUUGUAUCUAGGGGUGUGUGUGUGUGUGUGUGUGUGUGUGAGUGAUCAUAAAUGGCAUUGAUUUUUACACUUUCAUUUUUCCUUAUGAUCCUUAGUAGUAUGCAGAAAGGUAAUUGUUGGAGUGAUACUUUGGUAUCCUGCAACCAUGGUGAGCCCACAUUAUUUGUAGCCAUUUCUUUGGGUAGAAUCCUCAGGCUUUUCUGCAAAGACAUGUCAGCUGCAUAUAGAGUUUUAUUUCUUCCUUCCCAUCUAUAUAUCUGUUACUUUGUUUUCUUACUACACUAGUUAUAGUGUAGUAAGUAACCCGAUGUUGAAUAGUAG